AUGGCUGGUCAUCAAUACGGGAAUUUUAGUGGACAAGGCUCGUCGGCCAUUCAUGCUGGCGAUAACCACUACCAUGGCCUCAUCGUGAACCUUGAUGGACAGAACUUGAGUGUAGAGACGCUCAAGCUUCUCCUUGACAGCUUAAACCGUCCAGCAAUAGACGCGCCAGAGACUUUGAAGCAAAAGCCCGCUGAUGACACACUGUCCAGCCUUACGCAGAAAGGAAGCUUGGUGGCAAAAUCACUCAUAGUUGCGACCUCUCCAAGUUGGCAGAAAUUACCCAGCAAACGUGCUGUCUCUUUUACACGGGCCACUGCUCAAACCAAUUGCAAUGACGUGGUGUAUGGAACGAAACCCGACCCUGAUCAGCCCUUCUCACCGACUUUGCAAAUCCAGCAUGAUGAAUAUCCGGAGCAAUAUGUGAAAGAGGCUCGCGUGGUGCGAUCGCGAUUGAAAACCUCCAGGCACGAUGCAAGAACUGCCAGUCGUGAUCGGAGUCGAUUGGCUGGGCAUUACAAGGAAACAAUUGGGAUUCUCGCACAACCCGAGCCGUCAUCGCCGCUGCUCGAUCUCAGUCUACUUGCAUCAGCGUUGCCAACGAUGAUUCCCUCCGAGAUCCCAAUUGAGCACACUCCUAUGAGCCAAGCCAAGAUUCGUCGCCUACAGACAUCAUCCAUCGCCAAUGACGGUCACACCAAAGACGCAAUCGACGCAUCAGAUACGAGAAACCAGACUUCUGAGGAAGCUGAGACCGAGUCGCAGCCAAGUAUGUCAAUCUGCCUUCGUGAAGUUCAGCUCGAGCACAAAAUUGAAGGGCCGAAUAUUCAAAAGCACUUCACUGUAACCUUUGAUGCUCCAUACUGCAUGGAACGUAUCGUCAUGUCCACAAGGUCGGGAACACGCACAUAUGUCCAGACUCAAGGUCACUGGAGGGAUGUAUCCACAACGCAGCUUGUGAACUGCCUAACAAUGCAAUCAGUACCUGACGAAAGCCUCGAAUUAAAGCUUUACCUGCAUAAACCCUGGGUUUGGACUAGUGAGGUCCAUACACGCGAGCAUCGGUCAAAACACAAAGAUGAGAUACUUUAUGGCUUCCAUGGAUCGCUUUGUGCUAUCAAAGUACCACCGUCAGCGCUUCGGGUGGACGAUCUGUGUAUUGACAGAAAGCUGCGUUUUGGGCUGGGUCAAAUAUGUCUUCGAACACAAGUGGCUCACAGCCCUUCGUACCCGGUGCUUGAACUGCCACUAUUCCCGCCUGAAGCUAGUACAAAGGGCAACGAAAUCAACAUAUGCUUCGGCACGUUCUUGAAAAAUCUGGAGAGACAUGUUGACUCUUCUCGAAGAAGAAUCACUGCUUUUUCGACUGUCAACUUUCCUCGUUUCCAUGCUCAGUAUAUCCAAAGUGUAGAGUUGAGGAGUGGUUGCCUUUGCGUCACAUAUUUACGUGCUAACAGACAGUGGCGUCGAACCGGCUGUUCCGUAAAUGCCCAAGAGUUCUUAGGACAACAACCUGGCAUUGUCUGGGGACAUUCGACAAUACAGAUAUGUGUGAUUCUGCGAAAGGGGUGGCGAUGGUGUCAGAAAACUCCCUCGUACAUACAGGCGGCCACCUGGUGCGAAGAUCGUGAAGAGGGUCAUGCGUUCGUCCUUACUAGGACAGCGACAGCGAUAGACAACCUUACCAUGCACGUGCUGCCAUGCAACUCAACUUGUUGUGCCGACUCCCAGAUUAGCUCGUUGUUCUCUGAGCCCUUGUGA